AUGAGUAUAAGAUUAGAACUUUUAAGAUGGGUAAAUGAGAAAUGUCCAUAAAUGAAGGCAAGUAACAUAGAAAGUAUGUCAGAUGGAAGACAUUUUUUAUGUUUACUUAGAAGAUACUUUCCAGAAAUUGAAAUUCCAUAAUUUAAAAAAAAUUCAUCAAAGGUUUCUCGGAUUGAAACUUUAACUUAAGUAGCUCACUAUUGUUCAAAAUUAGACAAUUCAAUGAAGGUUGAUAUUUUAAAGAUAGCGAAUAAAGAGUCAAAUAUGAUUAUAAAUUUACUAAAAUUUAUAAAAUCAAUUCUAGAUAAAACUCCAAUAAAAAAACAAAAUCUGAAGGAAGAAAUUUCAACGAUUAUGAAAGAGUAAAAAAAAGAAUGUUCAAAGAUUAUUGAAGAGGUUGUGACGAUUCCAAUAAAACAAAAAUAAACAGAAAAUAAAGAAGUAUAAACUAUACCAUUCUAAGAAGUGAAACCAUUACAAAUAUUUUAAGAAAAAAUUAAAAACAUAUUAUAAUUGAAAUAUAAAAGUCCUUAUUUAGAAUUAGAAAUACUUUAAUUGUUGGAGAGAGAUAGAGAAGUGGCUAGCCUUCAGUAAUUUUAUGAAAAUAUGAAGCCAUCAAAAAUUACAGAAUUCUUGUCAAUUCAUAGUAGUCAAUUUUAUAACAGAGUUGAAUAAAAUUUAUUAGACCCUGAUUAUUCAUUUGAUUAGAAUUUUGCAAGCAAAAAGAGUGUGUGCGAAGAUAGUUUAUUUCAGGUAAGCGAUGAAAAAUAAAAGUAUUGA